GAAGAAGACAGGGCUCGGUCUUGUUUUUGUUAGACGGCGCACGCAGCACAUCUGCUGUGAAGAUGCGCAUCGAAAAGUGUUAUUUCUGCUCGGGACCAGUGUACCCCGGGCAUGGGGUGAUGUUUGUACGUAACGACUGUAAGUCAUUCAGAUUUUGCAGAUCAAAAUGCCAUAAGAACUUCAAAAAGAAGCGUAACCCAAGAAAAACCAGAUGGACCAAAGCUUUCAGGAAAGCGUCGGGAAAGGAGUUGACAGUGGAUAACUCUUUGGAGUUUGAGAAGCGCAGAAAUAUCCCUGUUAAAUAUAACAGGGAGCUGUGGGACAAGACAGUGGAAGCAAUGAAGAGGGUGGAAGAAAUAAAACGGAAACGACAAGCCAAAUUUAUCAUGAACAGAUUGAAGAAGGGCAAAGUGUUGGAGAAGGAAGAGGCUAUCCAGGAAGUCAAGAAAAAUAUUCACCUCAUCAAAGCACCACAUGCAGGAAAAGCCAAACAGAUGGAAGACAAAAUGGUGCAAAAGUUACAAGAAGAUAUCGACAUGGGUGAUGAGGACAUUUGAUUUUUAAUAUAGGCUUUGAUUUGAGAUAAAUCUCAAGGAUUGGACUUUGUUAUAUACUGCACUCUGUUUUGGUAAAUUGGGCAGAUUAAAAAUGUAAAACUUUCAGUUUUACUUUGUGCUGCCCAAUGGUUGGAAAUGUUGGCCUCACAAAGAUCUGCCUCCAAACCAACAGAAAAAACACCUUUUUCUUUCAUUCUUUUACUUUUUGUUUUUUUUUUUCACUUAAUUUGUGGUUCCAUAGUGUUUAUCUAUUUUGUUGCAAAACCUAAUGUAUUACAGUAAUACACAUACUCAACACCAACAAAAAAAUAAACGCUUAAAUAACC